UUUGCGUGAGACUCUUGUGGUGUUCUGUUCGAAAUGACCCGUCGUUCAUCGAGACUAAAGUGCGUGAGCGUUACCUGGACUUGCUAGCACAGGGUGGUUCCGAGAAGCAGAGUAGUGUUGCUCUGGUGUCUAGGCCUGAGAGGAAGAAGGGUCGCAUCAAGAAACAGCACAACAAGCCGAAGUCUAACUCUGAGUCUGAUUCAUCCCAGAAGAAGUCAUUUCAGGGGAAGUGUUUCAAGUGUGGGGAGAAGGGUCACAUGAAGAUCGACUGCAAGGCUCGCAUCAUCCCUCAUCCCUCCCAGACUGGAAAAUCCGAGGCCGACGAGGGUGAGAGCGGUGAGAAAUUUGACUUUCGCGAUCUGAUGUGUCUAGUUGCUGACAUCCCAGAGUACCUCAAAUACGGCGAUGACGAUGACUUGUUUAUUGCCUACAGCGAACUAGUGAUCCUAACAGCGUUUGACCAGCUGAGCAGCAUGAUGUAUGAUGUUUCCGGUCUGAAGUUUCUAAUGACGUCGCGGGAAGAUUUGGUUAUGAGGGCUAUCAGCGAUGAUAUGAUCCUGAAAGCUGUCAACAAGUCUAGAUAUGUCGAGGAUUGGUAUGCUGACACCGGCACUGCUUUUCACAUGACUGAUUCCCUCUCUUGCAUGAAAGACUUGAAGCCUUGCCACAAAAGUGUGAAUGGGAUUGGUGGCGUGUCUUGUGAGGUAGCAUUCUCUGGAACGCUGGAGUUGGUGUUUGUGACUGCUGACAGUGAAUUUUCCGUGGAGUUGAAGAAUGUGUUGUACUCUCCAAACUUAGGGCUAAAGUCUUUUUGGGCAUGUGCAGUUACCUAAGACUGAUAAACUCUGGGCUGAGGCUAUGCACUGGGCUUGCGAAGCGAUGAAUCACACCGCGUGUUCUGCUAACCCCGACUCUAUGUCGCCUUAUGAAAUGUGGUAUGGUGAACCUUGUCCCGCUAGACCGUAUCCGUUUUUGAAGCCAGCGUACUGCAGGU